CCCGCGGCCCGGCCUCUUCCGUGCCCCGCCCCCUCCGCCCCCACGUACGCGCUACGGAUGUCGGGAGCUGCGCGCGGGAUGGCGCCUCCUGAUUUCGGCCCCCUUUUUUUUUCUCCCCUUCUGGAAAGCAUCUCGCUAUGAGAUUAAUAAGGUAUCUGAGGCGGGCGGCUUCGGCCGGCCCGGGCUCGGGCCCCGGUCCCAGCCCAAAGCAAGGUGCUGGUGCUGGUUCCGAGCGCAGCGUCCCGGGCCAGGUGGAUUUCUACUCGCGCUUCUCCCCGUCCCCGCUCUCCAUGAAGCAAUUUCUGGACUUCGGAUCUGUGAAUGCAUGUGAAAAGACCUCAUUUAUGUUUUUGAGGCAGGAGUUGCCAGUGAGAUUGGCAAACAUAAUGAAAGAAAUAAGUCUCCUUCCAGAUAACCUUCUAAGAACACCUUCAGUUCAACUGGUACAGAGCUGGUACAUUCAGAGUCUACAGGAGCUUCUGGAUUUUAAAGAUAAAAGUGCUGAAGAUGCUAAAGCUGUUUAUGAUUUUACAGACACUGUGAUAAGAAUCCGGAAUCGACAUAAUGAUGUCAUUCCUACCAUGGCUCAGGGUGUGAUUGAAUACAAGGAAAGCUUUGGUGUAGAUCCAGUGACCAGCCAGAAUGUACAGUAUUUUUUGGAUCGCUUUUACAUGAGUCGCAUUUCAAUAAGAAUGCUACUCAAUCAGCACUCCUUACUGUUUGGUGGAAAAGGAAAAGGAAGUUCAGCUCACCGAAAACACAUUGGAAGCAUUAAUCCAAAUUGUAAUGUUGUUGAAGUUAUUAAAGAUGGCUAUGAAAAUGCAAAGCGUCUUUGUGAUUUGUACUAUAUUAAUUCUCCAGAAUUAGAACUUGAAGAAUUAAAUGCAAAAUCACCAGGACAGCCCAUGCAAGUAGUAUAUGUACCAUCACAUCUCUAUCACAUGGUGUUUGAACUUUUCAAGAAUGCAAUGCGAGCAACUAUGGAAUACCAUGCUGACAAAGGUGUUUACCCUCCUAUUCAGGUUCAUGUAACACUGGGUAAUGAGGACUUGACUGUGAAGAUGAGUGAUCGUGGAGGUGGUGUUCCUUUGAGGAAAAUUGAUAGACUCUUCAACUAUAUGUAUUCAACUGCACCCCGACCUCGUGUUGAAACAUCUCGAGCUGUACCCUUGGCGGGUUUUGGUUAUGGAUUGCCCAUAUCUCGGCUUUAUGCACAAUACUUUCAAGGAGACCUAAAAUUGUAUUCCUUAGAAGGUUAUGGGACGGAUGCUGUUAUCUACAUUAAGGCCCUAUCAACGGAGUCAGUGGAGAGGCUCCCUGUAUAUAAUAAAGCUGCUUGGAAACAUUAUAAUACCAAUCAUGAGGCAGAUGACUGGUGUGUGCCAAGCAGUGAACCAAAGGACAUGACCACGUUCCGCAGUGCAUAGCUGUGUCUAGGCUAUCUGAAAAAACAAAACUGAUUUCUAGUAUUAUGUUUGAAAGCAACUUUGGAAAACUGUUACACCAAACAUUUCUUGAUCUUCACUCUCAUUAACUAGGUAGAAUAAAUGGAAAGUGAAUUCCAUAGUUAUCUUUCAGACCUCCUAAAGAAUCGAACCAUUUAGCUGUAAGAAGAAAGAAAAUUCUAGAUACUGUGUACAUUUACUUUUAACUACUGCAAAUGUUACAUAUGUUGCUUCCUUUCCAGUGUACUUCAGGGACUAGGUUUCAGGUAUAGAAAUUUCCAGGUUCCUCAUUGGACCUGUGCAGUUUAUUCUUAGUUCUUUCAUCUAUAUCUAGUAAAAGUAUUUCCCUAAUUGUACUGAUUAAUUGAUUAACUACCUUUUUAUAAUCUGGAAAAUCUUGUUAUGCUUUAUUUACAUCUACUCAGGAAUGAGAGCAAAUCGAAAUUGUUUUCAUGUUAUAAUCAAUAACUGCCUACUGGUUGCAUAUAUAAAGGUAGAAAAUUGUUACUCUGUGGCUUUCAAUACCACCUGCUUUUUAUAAUUUCCUUUUGUGGUUGAUUUAGGGGCACUUAUUUUUAGAGGUAAAUUUUCUUUUUCUGAACAAUCAAUAUCUAGUUUUCUCUGUUCAGUCAAGAUCCUGUGAAAUUUACAGUCAAUAUUCUUUUGAUUAAUUAAUUGAGGAGAAAAUUUUUUAUUGCUAAAUGACCAGCAACCCUUAACAAAAUCCUUAGAAAUUUUGAGGGGAUAGUUAUUUAUUGUGUGAUUAUAAAUUGUGUGUAAUGAUCUUAAUUAUGACAUGAAGAAGUAGUGUGGCAUAAUCGAUAGAAAACUGGCAUUGGAGGCAAGAAAACCUAGGUCCAAUCUUGCAUUGAUACAUGCCAUCUAUGUUUAAUUUACCAAAGGUCAGGCACUUUACUUCUUGCCUUAAUUCUUUAAGUUUGUAAAUUGACUUGUUUUUGGAGGGAAUUUGCAAAAUAAGAGUUCAUCAUAAUAAUGAAAUCACAGAUCUAGAAUCUUCCCAAAAAAGCAACCCUAAUAAUGAUAGAAUUAUCCUUACAUACCAGAUGGGCAUAAUAAUACAGGUCUAGAUUAGGUUUCCACAGAUAUCUAAAUAUAGCAUAAUAAAAAUCUCAAUUAGUCUCCCAGUUUCCUCAGUUGCUGGGAAUCUAAUUGUAUAUAGGAGGGGCAGUUAUGUAGCUAAUUGUACAUAAAAGAACACAGCAGAAUAGAAAUAAUAAGAAUUGAACAACAAUUGAUAACAGAUUAGUCUUAGAGCUCUAAAAAUCAUUCUGCACAUGUAGUAAUUGAUUUUUGUGAUAAAUUACCAACAACAACAAAAAAAAUCAAUUCUCCUUCAGUAUUGGAGAUAUGAAUGAUUAUACAGUAAUAAUACUAUUUUGUGAGCCCAUACCAUUUUGUUUUAAUCAGUGGGAGAAGUGUCUCAUACAUUUAAAAAAAUCUUUUAUUGGAAAAUAUUAAAAGAGAUUCACAUAAGAAGAAUUCCAUGUUUUCUAAUGAUGCUGGUUAAAUGAGGUAUUACUGUCCAUACUAUAUAAAUAUUGCAGGGUGACCUAACAAAAAACCCGAUGUAUUAUUAGUUUACUAUGAAUUAGUAAAUGAAGGGCAAAUAAUUCUGACUUCUUAUCAUUGCUGAAUAUAACUGUCUUCAGAUUUCCAGCAAUAAUGAUGUAUAAACUUUUGGAACUCUUCAAAUCAGAACAGGUUUUGAAUAAAUUUUAAAAUGGUCAGUCUUAAAUAAAAUAAUUUUUUUUUUUACAAUCAAAGCAUGUAAGUUUGACAUUUGUAUUUUUUAAUGCUGUCAUAAAGAGAUCCUUUUUCCUUUAUAACAAGACAUUCAUAUUUUUAGAUGAUUGAUAUGGAGUUCUUUCUGAUAAUUGUGAUUAUACACAGAAACUUACAAGAAAUUUUUUGUUUCCUCCUGGUUUCUAGUAGGUUAGUAUAUUGCUUGACUGAUUAAUUGUUCAUGAUGGUUCUUAGCUGUUUGUAUGUUUUAAAAAAGCUGUUAAGUUUUGUUUAAAAUAGUUUCUCCAAGUAUGUUGGAGAUAAAUUACUUUUAACUGUAAUAUAUAGAUAUCAUCUAUUUUCUAAGUCAAUACAAGCUGAGAAAAUUGGGAAUUGUUUUAGGAAUUCAUAGUAAAGUAGAUUUCUGUGUUAUGCUUUGAUUAUAUUCAUACCUACCUGUGGUUUCCUUUUCUUGAAUUAUAAAAUUUAAGUGAUAUAUUUAAAUGGAAGUGUAAAGUAUAAUCUUUGAAAGAUUUUGUCUAUGAAACUAAAUUGAUACCAUGAUUUAAACUUAAAAAAAGAAAUCCUUUCAAAACCAAAUUUUACUCUAGGCUGCUAUGUCUUAUGCAAUUAAAUCAGCUAUUCCUCCCUAUCAAUGCUUAAUAUUCAAAUAAAUUUUCAUCAGAAAAGGAUGAAAAUAGGAAAUUGCAGUUUUGUGAUAUAUAUUAAUCUUUUUUUUUUUUCUUUAGGGGUCAGACAUAAAUGGUAUUGUGGAGACUGAAAAAUAAAGUGGUUGAGGAAACAAAGGUUCAAGCUUCGGAGCAUACUGAUUUUUUUAAGCAAUGCAAUGCCAAUUGCAUAACAAAUUGGGAACCAGUGGCCUUUCUCAACUUUGCCAUUGGACCUUAUAUAUGGAAGAGAGAUUUUCAUGCAUUAAAAACAAAUAAGGCCAGUUAAUUUAUUGAAAGGACAUAAUUUGAAAAGUAAUUAUGUUAAGGAUAAAAUGACUCAAUAAAAGUUGUUGCAGAAACAUAAAUGACCUGAUCUGCAUCACAAGUAUCAAAUAAAAACCAAUCUAAGCAGAGAGAGGUAUUAAACAUGUCCUGGGAUAACAAUACAGUAACGUGAAAUUUACUCCACACCAAAUCUUUGUUAUUUAGUUAUAGGCUGUCUAGGAAGAAACUCCUUUUUCUUACUACCACUCCCUGCACCUUCAUUUGUAUUUUUAUUAACUCUAUUCCUCCAUUGUUGCUAUUCUACUCUGUUCUGCCCUUCCAUUGAAGCUUGUGAAAUGCCAAUUUUAUUAACUGUUUUCCAUAUUAAGUCUCUUCCUCUCAUAUUCCUUUAAUUUUCUUGCAGUCAUAGAAACGUCUUCUACAGAAGAUACUCUGUUCAUGGCAAUCCCUCCCAGUAGUAAAUAGGCAAUCUCUCAUGUGCCCCCAGUGCAAUUGGCUGGGAAGAAGAGUUGACUCCUUUUUUCUCACUGUUUUCGAUCAUCACCUACAAUUAUUUUUCCUGGUGAACUUCUUGUAAGUGUCUUCCAUACUGCAAUAUGUGAAUCGCAUGUUCUAUGAAGUUAUAUUUCUUGAUGUCUUUGGGUAUACAAUAAAACAAUUUUAACAACUUGU